CUUCAUUUGUGCAUUAUCACUUUUGUUCUCAGCUCAGAUUAGUCACAGCCAAGGAACCUCAACAUUGUAAACUACUGCAACUGAACAAAUGUCUUGCAACAACAGCGAUCAGAUGAAGGAAAUUCUCAACUCCCUGACAGAUAACAGUGAAAAAGCUGAACAAUCACCAAAAGAAGGGCCUUCAAAAUGGUGGUUACAAAGUGAGUCUGGAGACGAAUGGACCUCACAUAGUGAGUCUGGAAGAGCAGAGCAUGUAAGACACCAGAGGGACAUGCAUUGCCUGUGGUCACACAACAAAAUGCCAGACUGCUUAAAGGGUCAGCCAACCCACCUAUCAAACAGCCCAGGACAAACAAUACUGAUAGACACAAGUUGUUUCCAAGCUGGUCUUAUGGCCCCUUACCAAAGGCCUCACGUUUGGGAUGCCUUCCAUGUGAAGUUACCACAUUUGUAUCAACCCCCUGCUGCCCACCAUAGUUCUCGUAAGACUCACCAUGCACAAUCCUCUCGCUGGCAAGUUACUCAAACAGCGUUGAACAGUCUCAGAGGCAAUUUCUCUGUUGGGGAUAUUCAGACCGCAAUAAUGGCAUACAAUUCCAGCUAUAGUAGAACCUGGACUUUCGAAGCACUUCAGUAUUACGGUCAGAAAGUGCACUCAGUGGACAGUUGUCUAAAUACGGUGAUCCCUAAAAUGGCUAAACUAGCUCUAGAUUUACCUGAUCUCAUUCAGCAGCCCAUCCCACUUCUGCGACAGCAACAGAACUGGGCCAUAACUCUGUCUCAGCAACAGAUAUCCUGUCUGUUAGCCAAUGCCUUCUUCUGCACUUUCCCUCACAGGAACAACACUAAGCACGGUUCAGAAUACGCCAGUUUCCCGACCAUUAAUUUUAGCAGCCUGUUUUGUAACCAGACGAGAGACCUAGGGAAAUCAGCCCAAAAGGCACAGAAACUGAGAGCCAUAUUCCAUUACUUCAACAUGGUGACAAGGGACAGCUCCGAUGUACUCCCAGAAACAAAACCAGAUGGACUGGUUACGUUUGAAAGGAUUAGCAUUCCACCACCUCAGCUCCCUGACUGGAAGAAUCAGAAGAAGACCCUAAAGCACUUGCAAAUCUCUUCAAAAGGGUUAAUUGAGAAAGAGGGGACAGGCAUGCUACAGGUUGACUUUGCGUGUAAAUUCAUUGGUGGUGGAGUGCUGGGAUCAGGACUGGUUCAGGAAGAGAUCCUCUUCCUCAUGAAUCCUGAGCUUAUUGUGGCCAGACUUUUCACAGAGCAACUGGCUGAUAACGAAUGCCUUAAGAUCACAGGGUCCCAGGUGUACAGCAUUUAUUCCGGCUACAGCAAAACCUUUGAGUGGAUGGGUCCAUACCAUGAUAAAACCAAGCGAGAUCAAUGGAAAAGACGUUAUCGGCAGAUAGUUGCCAUCGAUGCUCUGCACUUCAGAAACCCAAAGGAGCAGUACACCAAACAGAACAUACAACGAGAACUCAACAAGGCUUAUGUGGGAUUCAAGGAAGACCCGAAAAUCGAUCCAGAAAACCUACCAGCCAUCGCAACAGGAAACUGGGGCUGUGGCGCCUUCAAUGGUGACCCCAAACUCAAAGCUCUCAUCCAGUUGAUGGCUGCCGCUGUGGCUAAGAGAGACAUGGCAUACUUCACCUUUGGCAAUGACAAGCUGGCCAGUGAAGUGCAAAAAAUGCAUCAUCUACUGGUCAAGAGAAACGUAACCGUGGAUAAACUGUAUCAGAUACUUAAAGACUACUGUGGACACUACGCUCGAGAACAUCACGCAAAAGACCUGUACAGAUACAUCAGCGAAAAGAUUGGGUCCAAGCAUAGCCUACUGUAAACCUGGUUACUAAAACCAAUAUGGACUGUCC